AUGGAUGAAGAGGAAUACCACGGUGAGUUGUUAGAACUCGCAGCAGAUCUUGGUCGUCGUUUGGAUUUGAUCGGGAGUACCAUUGAUGUGAGGUCCCGGCAAGUCGAUGCACGCCCAUGGGAGAGUUGGAGCGGGACUGGACUCGUUCUACGAGUAUUUGCAGAGAUACCACCUGAUGUCCAAUAUGAUGGAGGCAAGAACAAGGCGCGUGCUCGUCGUGUAUCGGCACUGCAGGCGUUUUGGCCCGGUCUACAGGUGCUUGUCGGUGAUGUGUCGGGCGCUAUUCGCACUCACAAGCACAGGUUUCAACUCUGGGAUGACUUUGGAGCCAUGCCUGAGUUAUUAGAUCUGGCCCCGCGUGGCAAAUCGAAACCUGGCAACCGAGGAACUGUUAUUAGCUGGACACGAACGGGCACAUGCGUAAUGCAGAGCCAGCGGCAGCAAGGGGAAGUCCUAGCAAAGCCUCCAGUGAUCCCUGUUGGGUUAACCGUGCGACUCGGUGACACGCACUUGAUGACACUGGUGGCGACUCCUGCCAAGUUUGGUUCACAGAUCACGAGCUCAGCAGUAAUUGAAGCACCAUUGCUACUUCUUGCGCCAGAGCUUGGUGAAGCCUGCGGCUCCAUAGACUCCAAUCGUGUGCGUGACAAGAUCGUGAUGGUGGCACGUGCUGUUUUGCAAAAACAAUAUUGA